AUGUACCGGAGGAUGGCCCAGCUUGAUGACGACGAGGAGGAGGAGGAGGAGGAGGAGGAGGAGGAGGAGGAGGAGGAGGAGGAGGAGGAGGAGGAGGAGGAGGAGGAGGAGGAGGAGGAGGGGGAGGAGGAGGAGGAUGAGGAUGAGGAGGAAGAGGAGGAUGAAGAGGAGGAGGAAGAAGGAGAAGAGGAGGAGGAGGAAGUGGAGGAUGAGCAGCAAGGGAUCCAGGGAGGAGCUGGAAGGCAGCAACGCCAGCUGGAGGCAGGCAGGAUGGCUGUAUGGAUGGCAAGCUAG